AUGGAAUUUAUUGAUAGUGAUGAAGACUCAUUUGAAGAAGAAAUUGAAAAUUUGCCAAUAUUGAUGGACAAUAUUGAUGAUGAAAAUUAUAAUGCAGUUGAAAUAAUAGGAGCAAAUAUAAAUGGGAUUCAACGAAUUCAGCACAUUAAAGUUAUAAACUACAUCGAAUCAAUAGUAAGAAAUUAUAUUGAGACAGAUUUCACUAUGCAUUUUCGAUUGUCGAGGGAAGUUGCUUACGACCUAAUCGGUCGUUUUGAAAUAUCCCAAAUUUAUAUGGAUUUACAAGUCUUUGCAGGAUAUGAGCCAAUGACAGCUGAAAAACACAUGCUAUGUUUUUUGUGGUUUGUUGGACACCAAACUGCCAGCUAUCGCGAUGUAGCUGAUAGGUUUGGAAUUUCUAUAAGUGCUCUGCACAAAUUGAUAACAAGAGUUACUUGUUUCUUGGUUUCCCUAUCUGCAAGAAUUAUUAGAUUGCCUACAGUACAAGAAAGAGAAGUAACAAAACAAUUUUAUCUUGGAACAAAAGGUUUUCCUGGUGUUGUCGGUGCCAUUGAUGGAACCCACAUUAGGAUCGAUAGACCUUCAGAAGAUAAAGACUCGUAUAUUAAUCGAAAACAAUAUUUCUCCAUUCAUAUGCAGGGAGUAGUAGAUCAUAAUAAAAAAAUUAUUGACAUUUGUGUUGGUUAUCCCGGCUCUGUUCAUGAUGCUCGAGUUUUUAGAGAAUCGAUAAUUAGCACCAAACUUGAAGACUUUUGCGGUGACGAUGGUUACAUACUUGGCGAUACUGCAUAUCCAUGCUUGAAACAUCUAUUAGUUCCUUACAAAGAUCGAGGACAUAUGACAAGAGCUCAAGUAAAAUUUAAUCAGAAAUUAAGUUCAUGCCGUGUCGUAGUCGAAAAUGCAUUUGGUUCUUUAAAACAAAGAUUUCGACAAUUGUAUUAUAUGAAGUUAAAAAACAUAGUUCGUUUGAUUGAAAUUAUAGUUGCUUGUUGUGUGUUGCACAAUUUAGCAAACGCUAAUGAUUUACAACUGUUUGAACCUCCUAUAAAUGAUGAAGAUCCCGAUGAUGAAGUACAAAUAGUUCCAAAUGCCAAUGUCGAUGAAAAUGUUGCUAAUGAUAGCGACGACGGGAAGCUUCUUCGUGAUGAACUAUGUCGUCAAUUUGCUAUGCGAAAUUGAACUGUAUGCGCAUUAAUAUUUUUUCACUUUUGUUGGACGUAUAAACAUUUCAUACAUGAA